CACCUGGGGACUCAGAGUUGCCCACUUUCCUGUCUUGCAGCCAUGACGCCUGAGAGCUCCGGCCCCCAGAACCCCAGCUGCCACAUCAUGACAUUCUACCCAACCAUGGAGGAGUUUAUGGACUUCAACCAAUUUAUCGCUCAGAUGGAAUCUCAGGGUGCACACCGAGGAGGCCUGGCCAAGGUCAUCCCACCCAAGGAGUGGAGGGCCAGACAGAGCUACGACGACAUGGAUGACAUCUUGAUAGCCCGCCCCCUCCAGCAGAAGGCCUAUGGCGGGGCAGGUGUCUUCACUCAGUUCCACAGAAAGAGGAGAGCCAUGACCCUGAGACAGUAUCGCCAGCUGGCCACCAGCACAAAAUACCAGACCCCACCGCACCUGACUUUCGAAGAGUUGGAGCAAAAGUACUGGAAGACCCGUGUCUACGAUGCCCCGAUCUACGGCGCUGGCAUCAGCGGCUCUCUGUUUGAUGAAAACACGGCACACUGGAACCUCAGGCGCCUGGGCUCGCCUCUGGACCUGCUGGCGCAGGAGUGCGGCGUCGUCAUCGAGGGCGUCAACACGCCCUACCUGUACUUUGGCAUGUGGAAGACCACGUUCGCCUGGCACACGGAGGACAUGGACCUGUACAGCAUCAACUACCUGCACUUCGGGGAGCCCAAGACGUGGUACGCGGUGCCCCCGGAGCACGGGCGGCGCCUGGAGCGCCUGGCUGGGCAGCUGUUCCCGGGCAGUUCCCACAGCUGCCAGGCCUUCCUGCGGCACAAGGUGGCCCUCAUCUCGCCCAGCGUCCUGCGGCAGAACGGCAUCCCCUUCCACCGCGUCACUCAGCAGGCUGGCGAGUUCAUGGUGACCUUUCCUUACGGCUACCACGCGGGGUUCAACCACGGCUUCAACUGCGCCGAAGCCAUCAAUUUCGCCACCCCGCGCUGGAUCGAGUAUGGCAAAGUGGCCUCUCAGUGUAGUUGUGGGAAGGCCAGGGUCACCUUUGACAUGGACCCCUUCGUUCGUAUCCUGCAACCCGAGCGCUACGAGCUGUGGCAGAAGGCGCAAGCCCGCGUGGGUGUGCAGAAGAAUCAAAAUAUGCGGAAGCUGACCACUGGGAGCAGGGUGCAAGCAACAGGGAGUCGCGCGCCAGGCAGAAGGCACCGCGAGAGCCGUCGGCCUCGAUGCCCUAGACAGCCUCUGGAGGAAGGUGAUGGGAGUGUCCAGUCUGCCCCCGUGGGUCCUGUUUCGGUGCAAUUCUUGUGUACUAGAGGCUCUGCUGGCCAGCCUGUUGCUGCUGGUGCUAGCAGCUCACAGAAGCCUGAUUGGGUACCAUUGGAGAUCCCCGGUCUACUCAGCCCAGGUCCUCGUGCCUUAACUGGAAUCUGGAUGCAGCCAGUGUCCCUGACUGUGAUCCCCUGGAACUAG